CCUUCAAAUUUGUAACCAUGUCAACGGCGGAGAGGAGUACUGCGCAUGCGUCAGACUUCAGCGGCAGACGAUAAGGAUGCUGCGUGAAUUAGACAGAGCUACUGUGGAGGCAGUUUACAUUUGUUCCAGUUGAAUCUGUAGCACAGAGUCAGUGAAUGGAUAACGAAAACCUCUGGAAUCUGUGAAAAUGUGACGAGCUAAAUGCUUGGAAUAUUUACAAGAGCGUUAUGAAUGAGAGGAUGAUCAGACGUAUCCGUCAUGGUGACUUCUGUUCCUUUGUGUGUGACGGCUGGAAUCUUCAUUGUGAUGCUUCUCGUUGCAGGAGGUGAUGGCAUUGGGUGUUUUGCGUGUACGUCUAUCAACCACAGCAAUGUUGAAUGUGAGGAUACAUUUAACAACACCGGGAAGUACUAUAUUGAGAACUGCUGGGCAUCCAGGAAGGGAAGGGUAGGCCAAUUCCCGGGCACACAGUGCAUCAAGAUGAUUGCAGAGGACUAUACCAACGGCAAUACCGUCAUCGUCCGCAACUGUGUCGUCGACGACGGUGGCACCAACUCCGAGACAGAAAUCGGUCGGCAAAGCCACUGUGGUUGGAUGCGAGUGUUAAGAUAUAACGGCAGGGAAAUGCGGGGAUGCAUACUCAGCUGCGACUCGGACGCUUGUAACAGUGCUGAGAUGUCAUCGAUGAUGUCAAACUGGAUGACGUCAAUAUUCGUGAUCUGGAUUUUGUAUCACUGGAACUCAAUCUCAGGGUUAAUCCCAGGUGUGGCAAGUUGAGUUUUGUGAGGUAUCUCACCUGUAUACA